AUGAAGAAGCCUGUCAAGGAGCGAUACAACGCAAAAGCGCGCGGUUCCUCCGUCGGCGGCUCUUCUCACAAGAACAAGCGCUCUUUGCGUCAACGAGAGGCCGACGCUUAUGAUUCAAACGCACAGCUCAUCGUCCCCGGCAGCGAGGAAGACCUCCGUCGCAAAGAGGCAGAGCAGAAGCGAAAGCAGCUGCUCGAAUCCUCGGGUCAGGAUGCCUCCGCUCCAAUGUCGUCCAAGAAGCGCAAACGCCUCGAUGCCUACAUCGCCUCGCGCAUCAAGAAGGAGGAGAGGGUCAAGAUCAUGGCCAAGCUUGCGCAGACCUCUGCCGAGGUAGACCGCACCACGCUCAAGUCGGCGGCCACCCUCGGUACUGGUCGUGCUAAGACGAUGGAGGAACGUAUCGAUACAGCAGGUCAAAAGACAGAUCGUGGUGGCAAGCGAAGGAGAAAGACCAUGAACGGCGCCGCUAUGCAGAUCGAAGAGGACGACGACGACGCCGAUUUGGAUGAUUUGCAGUCCACCCAUGGUCACGAUGACGAUGAGGACGAGGGCAACUUCACGCCGACAGAAGAUGUCAAAGAUGACGACCAAGACAGUGGACCCGUCGGCGAGGUCGAGGAGGAUCCAGCACGGAGAGCCAGGAUCAUUGCUGCCGCCAGCCUCUUUGACAAGUCCAAGCCUCCCACCGCGGCAGUCGCAUCAUCGUCCUCUUCAUCUGCACCCGUUCCAGGCUCCGCUCUUGCAUCUGCUCUUGGGUCUGCCUUGGCAACGGACGCUCAUGGCAAUCCUAUCCUGCCGACCAUGCGGAAGCGGACCAAAAAGCCGAAAGCAACCCGUGUCAACGCUACCACAAGGCUUCAGCAAACCCGCGAGAGCGAUUCCAGCUUCGACAGCUCCGACUCCGAGGGUGAUUUUGACUCGGCAUCCGCUUCGGCAUCCAGACCAGCACCCUUGCAGGUGAACAGAGACCUUAUCGGUCCAGCUCCUCGCGCAUCACUGUCCAGGAAAAACCAAGAGAAACGGCUAGCACAGCAGACUAUUGACAUCAAAGGCAAAACAAAGGCAGUGGCAUUUGGGCCAGGCUGGGAUCCGCAAGACUCUGACGACGAGCAGCCCACCUCUCACCCCGUCAAGGCCGCACACGAGCUCGAAGCGGACAUGGAUGACGAUGAAGAUGACGACUCGGACCUGGGCUCAGAAGAGCCAGACACAGAUGAAUACGAAGACGACAUCUUUCUUGAAGCUAUGCGUCGCCGAGGUCUGCUGCAAGCCGAAGCCGAAGCCUCUUCCUCUGGCAGUUCGAACCCUUCUACGUCUGCACCAGCUGGUACCAAAGCUCUUGCUCUUUCCAAGUCGGAGCCCAACGGCGUGGACGAUGGCGAUAGCAGCAAUCAAAGCGAACCCGAGGGCGACGACGACGUCGACGAUGACUCCAACUCGGACGAGGACAUGGAUGAAGACGACGAAGAGGAUGAAGAAGAGGACGACGACGAAGAGGAAGAAGACGAAGAGGAAGAAGAUGAAGACAAGGACGAGGAAGAGCAUACGGAAGAAUAUCGAUCUCGUCGCAGAGGCAUCGGCACAACCAAGCGUAGCUCCGGCUUCAAGGAUUGGGCUCGUGCCGCCCUUGGCAUCGGCGGUUCUGCUACGAAGCCGACCAGGGACGAUCUUGCUCAGGGUACAGAGGCCAACGACAUCGAAGAAGGCGACACAGCUUACAAUCUCGAGCCUGUUGCCGGCUUCAAGGUCAAAGUUGGCGAUAUCAUGCCCAAGGACGGCGUUGCGCGUGGUCCUCUCGGCCGCGACGAGGAGAAUGUCCGGGAGCGUUCUGCCUUUGCUGCCAAGCACUACAAUGAGCUCGAGGCUGCCAAGGCCUCCAACGAAGAUGAAACAGAGACAUCCUCUGCACCCAAGGUACUCACCCACGUCGAGGUGCAGCGCUCGGAACAGCUCACGGCCGCACGUCUGCGUCUGCCAGUCGUCGCCGAGGAAGACAACAUCGUCCGCACCAUCAUGGAGAAUGCCGUCACUGUCAUCUGCGGUGAGACUGGUUCGGGUAAAACAACCCAGGUACCGCAAUUCCUCUAUGAAACCGGCUUCGGUUCCAAAGGUAGUCUCAACCCAGGCAUGAUUGGCGUGACCCAGCCUCGACGAGUUGCUGCUGUUAGCAUGGCACAGCGCGUUGCCUCGGAGCUCAGCCUGCCUGCCGACCGCGUCUCGCAUCAGAUUCGAUAUGACGCCACGGUGAGCGCGGACACCGCGGUCAAAUUCAUGACCGACGGUGUGCUGCUGCGAGAGCUGGCCACCGAUUUCCUGCUGACCAAGUACAGCGCCAUCAUGGUCGAUGAGGCGCACGAGCGCAGUAUCAAUACGGACGUGCUCAUCGGUGUGCUCAGCCGCGUGGUUCGCCUGCGUGAGAAGCGUUGGCUCGAGGGAGGCGCCGACGCUCGGCCGCUGCGUCUCAUCAUCAUGAGUGCCACACUCCGAGUGUCUGACUUUACGGAAAACACGACGUUGUUCCCAGCACCGCCUCCCGUGAUCAACAUUAGCGCACGCCAACAUCCCGUCACGGUGCAUUUCAACCGCAAAACGGUGCAGGACUACAUUACAGAGUCGGUCAACAAGGCGACCAAGAUCCACGCGCGUCUUCCACCGGGAGGCAUUCUCAUCUUCCUCACGGGUCAGCAGGAGAUCAGCACCGUGUGCAAGAAGCUCGAGAAGCGGUUCGGCCGGAGGGCAAUCGAACAGAAGAGAAAGGAUCGCGAGCGCGUGCAAGGCAAGUUUAAGUAUCGUCACGGCGACGGCGACAACGACGAUGGCGAUGCUGAUGGAAAGGUUGCUCAAGAGGAUGGUGCUUUGGCGCGUGUCAAGUUGACGGCACGGGAUGGCGAUGUCGAGGCGGAAGAGGUGGAUCUCGGAUUGGAUCGUGACCUCGCCGCUGACGUUGAUGACGGUGCGAUGGCGGAGGCUGACGAUCCGGAUGCGCUCGACACGGAUGACGAUGAAGCCAGCAGCGACACACGACACGACGACGAUCUGCCGGACGAGCUCAAAGACGACAGCGAUGUACCCAUGCACAUCCUCCCCCUCUACUCGCUGCUGCCCUCCGAGAAGCAGAUGCGCAUCUUCGAAGAGCCUCCUGCCGACACGCGCCUCGUCGUUGUAGCCACCAAUGUCGCCGAAACGUCUCUCACCAUCCCCAACAUCCGCUACGUGAUCGAUUGCGGACGAAGCAAGGAACGCAAGUACGACCUGAUCAGUGGUGUCCAGUCGUACGAAGUGUCGUGGAUCAGCAAAGCUUCCGCGUCGCAGCGCGCCGGUCGUGCCGGUCGAACAGGUCCCGGCCACUGCUACCGCCUCUACUCUUCAGCGGUGUACGAAGACCAUUUCAGACAGUUCUCGAGCCCCGAGAUUCUGCGAACACCAGUCGAUGGGCUGGUGCUGUCGAUGAAGGCGAUGAACAUCGACAAUGUGGCCAACUUCCCAUUUCCGACGCCUCCGGACCGUGUGGCGCUGAAGAAGGCAGAGCAGGUGCUUACGCAUCUGGGUGCACUCGACGCACCGGCCGUGAGCUCGGUGAGCAUCGGCAAGAACAAGCGGAAGCUCAACCAUGCGCAGGUGACCGAGCUGGGACGAACCAUGACGCUGUUCCCCGUGUCGCCACGGUACGGCAAGAUGCUCGCGCAGGGACAGCAGCACGGCUGUCUGCCGUACAUUGUGGCUAUGGUGGCGGCGCUGAGCAUCGGCGAUCCGUUCGUCCGCGAGCAGCUCAUCGAAGAAGAAUAUGGCGAUCGACGACGUGCUCCUUCAAGCGGUGGCGGUGAUGAAACCGGUGAAGACGACUACGAUCGCGCUUUCGGCAAGAUGGAUGGGGACGAAGACCUGGAUGCCGAGUUAAAGAAUGUCACGAGCAGCGAGUUGCUGGACAAAGAACGACGCAAGGCUCGACGCGCCAAGUACUUUGCCACAAUGCGUAAGUUCGAAGCGCUUGGGGCCGGGCUUUCGGACACCUUCAGGCUGCUCAGUGUGGUCGGGGCGUACGAGUACGCCGGCGGCAGCGUAUCAUUCUGCGACAAGAAUUUCCUGCGUCCCAAAGCGAUGGAAGAGAUCCACAAACUGCGUGCUCAACUGUGCAGUCUCAUCUCGUCGACCUUCCCGGAUCUUGCGACUGCUUUGUCGAACCCCAGACUGGCCCCGCCUAACGAGACACAGCUCAAGGUGAUCCGGCAGCUCAUCGCGUCGGCGUACAUCGACCAGGUGGCGGUGCGCGCUGAUCUGAUUUCCAACGAGAGCGUCGUCUCGAGCUCGACAGUGAACCCGGACGAGCGGACCAACCAGAUGCUGUUCCGGCUGCGCACCAAAGGUGGGGGUGACAGGAUGCAGUCUACGCGUGGUGUGCCUUACAAGGCGAUGGGCGUUCCUGGAUUUGCCUUCAUUCACCCAACCUCGUCGUUCUACCACACAACGCCCCCGUCGUGGGUCGUGUUUAGCGAGGUGCAACGGAGCGGAUCCAAAUUUGCCAAGACAGGCAAUCCGGAGCAGGACGAGGGCACAGUGUGGCUCAAGACGCUGACACGCAUCAACCCGGUGUGGCUGGCGACGCUGGGGAAAGCCCUGUGCACGUUCGGCAAACCGACACCGGUGGAUGCUGGUGGCGGUGCGGCAGGCGAGCUGGAUCGGCUCAAGGCGAGCGUGCAGGCGGUGAAGGCCGGGCAGGUGAAGGCGGGGGAAGCAAUGCGCGAUGUUCUGGUGACACCGACGUAUGCGGUGGGCAGCGAGAAUGAUGGUUUGGCGGGUGGAUUGGGUUGGCAGUUGCCGGCGAUCAAGGCGAAGCAGAAGUUUGUCGAUGGCAGGUGGGUGUUACUGCUCUAA